ACGCUUGGUAGAUUUCCGUGGCUUGACAGCGUUGCGUGACAGCAAACCAAAGCAUACUGAAUUCAUACUGAAUUCAUACUUUAGACAAGGUGAACCCCUCCUCUGGUUGUUUGCUCACUCACGAUGACUCGACACAAAUCAUUAGUGUGUGAGGGAGGGAUUUAAGGAGAGAGGGAGGGAGUUGCUUGAUCGUCUCAUUCCCUCCUCUUGAGGAUUAUAUAACCCGAUCCCCGCUGACACACUUUGUCAUUCGCCCCCUCAGACAGCGACGACAGCACACCAGACCGACUCUAACCAUGCCUCCAUACACCGCCACCUACUUUCCAGUCAAAGGCCGCCUUGGCGCCAUCAAGAUCAUGCUGGCCGACAAGGGCCAGGAGCUGAAGGAGGUGCUGGUGGGCAUGGAGGAAUGGCAGAAGGGGGACCUGAAGGCCACCUGUGUGUUCGGCCAGCUGCCUAAGUUCGAGGACGGAGAUCUGGUCCUGUUCCAGUCCAACGCCAUCCUGCGCCACCUGGGCCGUAACCAUGGAGCGUACGGGAAGGACUCCCGUGAGGCCUCUCUGAUCGACAUGAUGAACGACGGCGUCGAGGACCUGCGCUCCAAGUACAUCAAAUUAAUCUACCAGGAAUACGACACCGGCAAGGAAGCGUACCUCAAAGACCUCCCGAACAGUCUCUGCAAGUUUGAGAAGAGGUUCAACUCCGACUUUCUGGUCGGGAAUGAGGUGUCGUUCGCGGACUACAACCUGUUUGACCUGCUGUUGAACCACCUGGUUCUGUGCCCCAAGUCCCUGGAUAACUUCCCCAAACUCAAUAACCUGGUCAAGAAGAUGUCCGCCCGGCCUAAGAUCAGGGCCCUGCUGGACUCCGAAGCCUUCAAGAAGAUCCCCAUCAACGGUAACGGGAAGCAGUGAACCCACCACUGGACCAACUGUCAACCCUUCGUGUUCAAUGACAUCACUGCAUAACUCAUGCUCUUUUAUAAACCAUCGACCAAUAAAAAAGAUUUACUUUGUCUCUAUUCAACUUUGACUUUACUUUUGU